AUGCGAAAGGCAGAAUCCUUUGGCCCACGGGGCCUGCUUCUCAUCGGGAUGAGCGAGAGAGAUUGCCAGGCAGUGCAGUGCUGGUUUCAGCAGAUGGACCCCCAAUUUGUGGUGUCCUGCUGCCCGUCAGCCCUGCUGGCAUCCGGCACGCUGCGGCAAGCGUUAGAGGGCGACGGCAGUAAUGUGACUUCCACCAUUCUGGACAAGCAGCUGCGCAGCCUUCUGGCCGACAUUAUGCGGGCCCAGGCCCAGCAGCCGCCCCCUGGCUUCGAUCCGGAGCAGGUAGCGGCAGUGCAGGUUGCCGCGAACAGCAGCAGCGCUGCAGCGGCAGCUGCAGUGGCAGCCGGAGGGGAGGGAGGCGAGCAGACGCUGCGGUCCAAGCUGCAGGAUUAUGUGAUGCUGAAUGACGGCCAGCAGCAGGCGUCGCCCAUGAGCCUCGAUGCACUAAAGGAGCAGAUCCAAGAGAAGAUGCGGCAGAAGAAGGCACAGGCGGCGGCCGCAGAGCGGCAGGCUCGCAAGGAAGCUAACCAGGAUGAGACUGACCAGCUGCGGCAGGCGCUGCAGGGCGGCAAGAAGCGGCAAGGCGGCAAGAAGAAUGGGGCAGGAGGCAGCAGCGCCAAGAAGGGCUUUGGCAGUUAG